AUGGCGGCUCAGGCAGACACCAUUGAAGUUCCGACGGACACUGAGUUGCUGCAGGCGCAGGCUGACCUGUGGCGCCACAGCCUCUACUACCUCUCGUCCAUGGGGCUCCGCUGUCCCUUCCAUGACAACCUGGGGAUUGCCACCAUACUCCGUGAGUGCGGUGACAUCUUCAAGGGGCUUGAGUCCCUCACUGACUGCUGCGGUGGCGAUGGUACGACGGCGAGGGCCCUCGUCAAGGCUUACCCUCACAUUAAGUGCACUGUUCUAGACCUUCCGAAGGUGAUUGACAAAGCCCCAGCCCAUGGUGUCAUCAACUAUGUUGCGGGUGACCUGUUCCACACCGUCCCAUCUUCUCAAGCCGUGAUGCUCAAGCUUGUGCUACACUUUUGGAGCGACGAGGAUUGUGUAAAAAUCUUAACCCAGUGCAAGAAGGCCAUUCCUCCACGCGACGAGGGAGGAAAGGUGAUUAUCAUAGACAUCGUGAUUGGACCUUCCUUAGGACCAAUAAUGUUUGAAGCCCAACUCUUGAUGGAUAUGCUCAUGAUGGUGAACACAAGAGGAGCCCAACGGAGUGAAAAUGACUGGCGCAAGCUAUUCGUGGAAGCAGGGUUCAAAGACUAUAAAAUUGUGAAGAAGCUGGGGGCUCGAUGCGUUAUCGAGGUCUACCCCUAAGAUGUUGCGCUCUAAGGAUAUGAAUAAAAGUGGUGCUUGUUUUUCUAAAUGAUAGCUUCAUGGUUCUUAUAAAGUAGCUCAAGUGUUUGAAUCAGAUGCCUUAAGAUCAAUGUAAAGUUCAUUUAGAGAAGUACUAAAGCACUCUCUCUCUCUCUCUCUC